AUGUCAGGUACACCGAGCACACCUAGUGUCAACUCCGCUGUCGACCAAAAAGAUAGAGCACCAGUUGUCGACGACAAGUCUUCAGCUUCAGACUCAAAGCAUGUUGCCUCCGGAGAGGUCUGGGCUGUUGGUGCUUCAGCACAGUUAUAUGAGCCGAUUCCCGAAUAUGAAGGCCGACACCGAUACGACCCAACGGCAGAAUGGUCCGAGAAAGAGGAGAAGAAGCUUGUGAGAAGGCUUGACUACAAGAUUUGCAGCUGGGUCUGCUUGAUGUUUUUCGCACUCCAACUGGACCGCGGCAACAUCACCCAGGCGAACUCUGACAAUAUGCUCGCUGAUCUCGGUCUCUCGACUGACCAGUACAACUACGGCAUGACAAUAUUUUACCUUUGCUUUCUCUGCGCCGAGCUUCCGUCGCAAAUGCUUUCAAAGAAGCUGGGUCCGGAUGUGUGGAUUCCCAUUCAGAUGGUCUCCUGGAGUACCGUCGCCAUCUGUCAGUGCGCUAUCAAGGACGCGACGGGCUUCUACGUGACGCGAGCUCUUCUCGGAUUGAUCGAGGGAGGUUUCAUUCCCGAUGCGAUCUUGUACUUGUCCUACUUUUACACGAGCAAGGAGCUGCCCAUUCGACUCAGCUACUUCUACUGCGCUUCUAACGCCACGCAAGUUGUUGCCGCAUUCCUUGCAUUCGGCAUCCUGCAUCUACGUGGCGUUGGUGGAUGGGAAGGCUGGCGAUGGUUGUUCGCACUUGAAGGUGCUCUAACGGCCAUCAUCGGUGUCUUAUCGUGGUUCUAUCUGCCGCCGAGUCCGACGCAAACUGCAAGUUGGUUCCGUGGGAAGGACGGCUGGUUUUCUGAGCGAGAGGAAGUCAUUAUGGUCAAUCGCAUUCUCAGAGAUGACCCAAGCAAGGGUGGAAUGCACAACCGCCAGGGCUUGACACUGAAGCUGUUAUGGUCCGCGCUAUGUGACUUCGACCUUUGGCCCAUCUACCUUUACGGCAUGACAUUGCUCAUCCCCGUACAGCCGGUUACUGCUUAUCUCACUCUCAACCUUCGGGCUCUCGGCUUCGAUACUUUCCAGACCAACCUGCUCACCGUUCCGGCCUACGUUCUGUUCUUGAUCCAGCUGGUGGGGUGGACGAGGUUCUCGGAACGAUUCAACAACCGCAUGCUCACAGUCUUCCUGUACUCUGUUUGGGUGUUUCCUCUCCUUUUGGCGUUGGAGUUGCUCCCCAGCAAUUCCAGCGCCUGGAGCUGGUAUGCAGUGACUGCUUUGACAAUCGGAUACCCAUAUGUUCACUCUAUUCUGGUUGCUCUGACAUCUCGCAAUGCGGGCACCGUCCGCACUCGUACUGUCGGCAGUGCUGUCUACAACAUGACGGUACAAGCUAGCAGCAUCAUUGCUUCGAAUAUUUACCGUAAAGACGACGCACCUCUGUACCGCCGUGGAAACAAGGUACUACUUGGCAUCAUUGCCUGGAAUGCAGUAUUCGCCUGGAUAAUUAAGGCUUACUACAUGUGGAGGAACAAGAAACGCGAAGAGAUUUGGGGCAGAAUGAGUCAACAAGAGAAAGACACCUACCUGGCAACGACCACGGAUGAAGGAAGCAAACGACUGGAUUUCCGUUUCGCGCAUUAA